UUAUUAGAGCUCCAGGUCACAUCUCGGACCGGGUAUUAAAAUGAGACCUCUUUGUCCCUUUUUUGCGUUACUCUCAGGGGAAUGAAUGGGGUUUAUUUGUCUCGACGAGCCGCUCAAAAUUUCAUGAACCUCGAGACGUCGCAAAUUGACCAUUUAUUUGUGCAUGUAAUCAAUCCCAAGGUAUCUCAUUUUUUUUUCUUCUUUCUUCUCCUUCUGACAUGUUCAAUCGCCCAAACGCCUCGCCGUUAUCAUCAUUCCCUCUGUUCCAUGCUUUUGUCCCACUCAAAACUUGGCCACCAAAAAAGUUGGUCCAGUCGUGGAUAAAACGACAUUCGAGCCACUUCCAGCUAUAAGAUGGC